UCAUGAUUGACAAAGACUUUAUGCAAGAUCUAGAAGAUGAGGAAGAGUAAUAAAUUGUAGAGGCUAAAUAAUUAAUUGAAGAUGAGCCUACUUGUUCUUUACUUAAAGAUAACAAAUUUCUUUAGCAUUAUCAAAGAGUCUAAGAAGUAUCUGCUUAUCAAAUCUAAGAUGAAACCAUAGAUGCAAGUCAUGAAGAAUAUCAUUUAAUAUUAAGAUCAAAUGAAUAUAGCACAAUAAUAGAUUAAGAGUAUUCAUUUUGAAUAAAAUAAGGAUUUUGAAUAUUCACAAAUAAUUGAAGGAUGUAUAUCAUAAGAAGUUUCCAGAAUUGGAAAAAAUUAUCAUAAACCCAAUCGAGUAUGUUAAGAUAGUCCAAUUAAUUCGAAAUGCUAUAGAUCUUUAGGCUAUAGAUUUUUCUAAGCUAUUAAGUGGUUAAUAAGUUGUUGCUGUGAACAUUGCAGCCAAAUAAUCUUUAGUUAGUUAACUUUCAGAAGAAGAUAUUGCCUUAGUCGAUUAAUUGUGUCACAAGAUUGAAACAUUAGAUACUUACAAUUAGAAAAGUAAAUAUUAAAUAAAAAUAUUAGUCAUAUGCUAUAUUGAAUCUAGAAUGAAAUACAUAGCUCCCAAUGUUUCAGCCUUAAUAGGUACAUAAUUAGCUUCAAAAUUGAUGGCAGCUGCAGGAGGUAUUGAAAAGCUAGCCAAUAUGCCAGCAGGUAAUAUCCAAGUGAUGGGAAGUGUGAAGAAAAAUAUGUUGGGAAUGAGUAGAGCAAUGCAUAAUAGAAACACUGGUUAUUUUGGAACAUUGGAGAUUGUAUAGAAAGCAUCAGGGAAAUUACAAAAUUAAAUAGUUAGGAUGUUAGCAACAAAUGUAGCAAAAGCUGCAAGAGUUGAUAAUAUGAAGACAUGUCCUAAAGGGAAUGUUGGAGAGGAUUUAAGAAUAAAAAUGAUGAAAAGAUAUUAAAAGAUAUAAGAGCCUCCUCCUGCAAAAUUAGAAAAACCUUUGCCUAUUCCAGAUGAAAAUAAGAAGAGAAGAAGAGGAGGAAAAAGAUUUAGAAAAUAAAAAGAAAGAUUGGCUAUGACAGAAGUGAGGAAAUAUGCAAAUAGAUUAAAGUUUGGAUUGGAAGCUGAAGAUGAAAUAAAAGAUACAGGGAUUGGAUUGGGAAUGUUAAGUUAAGGUAUUGGUAAAGUAAAGUUGCACAUCAAAAAAGAUAAACCAAUUGGUUUAAGUAAGAAGUUAUAAUAAAGACUUGCACAAACCAAGACUUAAUCUGGAGGUGGCACUGGUGGAUUAACUUCAAGCAUUGCAUUUACACCAACAUAAGGAAUUGAAUUAGUAAACCCAGAACCUGGAUAUUUGUCAAAGGUUCCUGAUUAAUAUUUUAAUAGAGAAUCUGGGUUUAGAACAGUUUUAAGGAAGGAAAGAGAAUUUGGAAGAUAGUAUUGA